UUAACUCUAUUAAAAGGGGUUUAUUUAAUAGUUAUAAUAACAAUAAACUUUAUUUUAAUAAUAGCAAAGUUUCUUAUUUUGGAAGGGUUUAUACUACCAAAAAUGUAUUUCCAACAGAGAUAAAAUUAUCUGAAAAAGGAAAGAGAUUAGAAAUAUCAUUUGAGAAUAAAAAUAAUAGUGAUAAUAAUAAUAAUAAUAACAAUAAUAAUAAUGAAAAAAGUGAAAUAAUAAAAUAUUCAUUUUCAUCAGAAUUACUACGUAUUGAAACUCCAUCAGUUGAAAAAAGUAAAAAAGGAUCAUCAAUGAUAACUAGUGGUAGAAGAGAUGUUGGUAUCAUUAGAAUUGAAAGAGUUGGUAAUUAUGCUAUUAGACUAGUGUUUGACGAUUUACAUGAUACUGGUAUUUAUAGUUGGCAAUACCUUUUUCAAUUAGGUCAAACAAAAUACUCAAGAAUGAAACAAUAUUUAAAAGAUUUAAAAAAAUAUGGUAAAUCAAGAGAUCCAAAAAUUCAUAAUAAACAAUUAAAACAACAACAAUUACAACAACAACAACAACAAGAACUAACCCAAAAAACUCAAAAAUAA